AUGCCCAAUAGUGAAGUACAGCCUCUUCGUAGGCGACCCAAGCCGGCCUACAAAAAUCUCAAUGGUUUCAUGGAUCCUACCCGAAUGCGCAUUCAGGGACAAAUGCCGACAGUGAACCUCCACGGGGACCCGUCUGGAUCUAGGGAGGCUGAUUUUUCUCGUGCGAAAAAUGUGCGAGACGCCGUGGAGAGGCGGCGCAACGUCGAAGAUGCACUGCUGCUGAAAGGCUCGUUUUUUCCAGGCUUAGCUGCAGCAAAGGAGUUGGUUGAAUCACCUGAGACCGCAGCAGGAACGGAGCGGCGAAUUCAGGAGCUACGAGUCCGACACUGGGACGAGAUGCAGACGCUUCUUGAUUGGCAAACACAGGAUUAUUUUCAAGAGGCCAUGGACCGGCAUGACUCGAAUAAUGAUGAUCAAAAGUCUAACUCAGAUGAAGACGUUCACGCUGACAGACACUUUGAAUCUUUUUAUCAAUCGCUGCACACAGAUCCAGCUCCAUUUUCAUGUUUUGACGAUGUGUUGUCGGCCCAUCGUUAUGCCCAUCUGAGGACAAUCAAUGGUCUCCUCAACCAGCAUGCUGCUCAAGCUGAAAAAGAGGACGCCGCGCGAAGGAAGAGAGACGCGCAGUUUCCUGCAGGUAUUGAAGAGUAUCGUGCAAUCCGUAAUAAGGACAUACAAAUCCGCAUGGCACGAUUUCUGAUGGCUGACAGCAAUACAAAGGAUCGGAUGAUGUCUGAGUUUCAGUGGGCUUGGAGACAAGUACAGAGCUUGGUCGACGAAUUUUCCAAAAACGUGCGUUUUUCUCGUAAUGUUUCAGAGAUUCUGGCUCGCCAUCAGGCGCACCAACCCGCUCAAGGCUUAGUUCUGGUAGAAGAUUUCAAAAGAGAGGUCGAAAGUGCCAUACGUCAAACUGAAGCCACUGAUCCGCGACGCAAGCCCUCCACUGCAUAA